CUCACUCACGGGAAGAAGCUCUCCAUCCAUCCUCUUGCCAAGAUGUUGUUCUCGCGCGUGAACCGGAAAACGCUCGCUGCCGUGAGCGGCGCUGUGCGUCGCCUGGCCGCUACGCCCUCCAACUCCGUCACCGUCGCCAAGUCCCUGGCCUCUGUGCAGGCAACUGCCGCGCCCUGCGCUCGCCAGGCCGUUCCCCUCCUUGCUGUGAACCGCCGGCACCUCCACGCUGCCCGCGCUCUCCGCAACGGCGACGAGAUUACUGUGCAGCUUCCCCCAGUUGCCGAGUCCAUCUCCGAGGGCGAAAUUGGCGGCUUUGAGAAAGAGGUUGGCGACUAUGUUGAGCAGGAUGAGGCCGUCGUUGUCAUCGAGACCGAUAAGACGAGCGUGCCUGUCAACGCACCACAGUCUGGCGUCAUUACGGAGUUUCUUGUUGAGGAGGGCGACACCGUCCCCAUUGGCGCUGAUCUCUUCAAGAUGAAGCCUGGCGAGGCGCCCGCUGGCAGCCAGAAGCCCGCUGCAAGCGAGGAGAAGAAGUCUGAGGGGGAGGAGAGUUCUUCUGCCGCCCCUGCUGCUGACACCACUCCGGCCCCGGCAAAGGAGGAGCCAAAGAAGCAAGAGUCGAAGCCCGCACCCGCACCCGCACCAAAGAAGCCCGCACCAGAGUCUGCUGGCGGCGUGACGCGCGUGAAGAUGACCCGGAUGAGGAAACGCACGGCCGAGCGCCUGAAGGACUCGCAGAACACCGCUGCCAUGCUCACCACCUUCAACGAGAUUGACAUGAGCCACAUCAUCGCCUUCCGCAACAAGCACAAGGACGCCUUCCUCAAGAAGCACGGCGUCAAGCUUGGCUUCAUGUCUGCCUUUGCAAAGGCCGCCGCCUGGGCCCUUGAGCGCGAGCCAGCUGUCAACGCAUUCAUUGACACGGACAACGAACACAUCGUGUACAACGAGGACAUCAACAUCAGCGUCGCCGUUGCUACCCCUAAGGGUCUGGUUGUGCCAGUUGUGCGGCGGGUGCAAGACAUGACGUAUGUUGACAUUGAGCGGGAGAUUGCGCGUCUGGGCAAGAAGGCGCGUGACGGCGACCUCGCCAUUGAGGACAUGGAGGGCGGCACCUUCACCAUCAGCAACGGCGGUGUGUUUGUCUCACUUAUGGGAACCCCGAUCAUGAACCCCCCGCAGUCGGACAUCCUCGGGAAGGACCCCACCUUUGACCGCCCCGGCGUCAUUCACGGCAAUGUUGAGAUCCGCCCGAUGAUGUACGUUGCGCUGACGUACGACCACCGGCUGAUUGACGGGCGUGAGGCCGUGACGUUCCUCAAGAGCGUCAAGGAGGCUGUCGAGGACCCCAGGAUCAUCCUCCUUGACUAA